CGGGUUUUACGCCCCACCCUUCGCCUUAAUGCCUAACAGGAAGUCAGUGCUACAACAACAACAGCGGGCACAGAAUUCACCUUUAAAUAUGGAUUAAAGUAGAUCCGAGCCGCUUAAAGCCGCUGGAGUAAUUUACUUUUCAGAUGAUGUCCAACUCGGCGAGAAGCGGGGACAUCAUCCACCUGAAUGUCGGCGGGAAGAGGUUCAGCACCUCCCGACAGACGCUCACCUGGGUCCCCGACUCCUUUUUCUCCAGUCUUCUGAGCAGUCGGAUCUCCACUCUGAAGGAUGAAACCGGAGCUAUCUUCAUCGACAGGGACCCCUCCCUGUUCGCGCCCAUCCUCAACUUCCUGCGGACCAAAGAGCUGCACCCCCGCUCCAUCAAUGUGCACAUGCUCAUGCACGAGGCGGAGUUUUACGGCAUCGCCCCCCUAGUGCGUAAACUUCAGCUGUGUGAUGAGCUGGACCGAUCAUCCUGUGGAAAUGUGCUGUUCAACGGUUACCUGCCUCCACCAGUGUACCCUGCAAAGCGCCGUAACCGCCACAGCGUCGCCGGACCGCAGUUUAUGGCGAGUCGAGUCGUGCCUGUAGAGAGAGCACCGGUCCGACGCAGCAACACAAUGCCCCCAAACCUGGGGAAUUCUGGGAUACUGGGCCGAGCCGGUACCGAGGACAGAGCGUCAGUGGGUCAGUCAGCUGACCCGGGGAUGGUCCGGAUCAUCUGUGGCCAUCAUAACUGGAUCGCUGUGGCCUACGCCCAGUUUGUGGUCUGUUACAGGGUGAAGGAGUCCACCGGGUGGCAGCAGGUGUUCACCUCUCCUCGACUCGACUGGAUGAUUGACAGAGUUGCGCUCAAUGCCAAAGUGAUGGGCGGGUCACUGGGAGACAACGACAAGAUGGUGGCUGUUGCCUCGGUUACAGAGAUCAUCCUGUGGUCCAUCUGUCCAGACGGCAACGGAAAUGAAAUUGGUGUGUUCAGUCUGAAUGUGCCGGUGGAGGCUCUCUUCUUCGUUGGUAACCAGCUGAUCGCCACCAGCCACACAGGGAAGGUGGGAGUGUGGAAUGCCGUCACCAAACACUGGCAGAACCAGGAUGUGGUUCCCAUCAGCAGCUACGACACUGCAGGGUCACUGCUCAUCCUGGGCUGCAACAACGGCUCCAUCUACUACAUCGACGUGCAGAAGUUCCCUCUGAGGAUGAAGGAUAAUGACCUCCUGGUGACGGAGCUGUACAGAGACCCCACUGAGGACGCCAUCACGGCUCUGAGCGUCUACCUGACUCCAAAACAAGUACCUGACGUCCACUGUGUCAUGUGAUCAGGUGACAGCGGGAACUGGAUCGAGAUCGCCUAUGGCACCAGCUCGGGGACGGUCCGGGUCAUCGUUCAGCACCCGGAGACGGUGGGAUCGGGUCCACAGCUCUUCCAGACCUUCUCGGUCCACCGCAGCCCGGUCACAAAGAUCAUGUUGUCUGAGAAACACCUAAUCUCAGUCUGUGCAGAUAAUAACCACGUACGGACCUGGACCGUGACCCGCUUCAGAGGGAUGAUCUCCACUCAGCCGGGCUCCACUCCACUCACCUCCUUUAAGAUCCUCAGUCUGGACGACGUGGACGGACACGGAGGCUGCAGCGCCGGCACCGAGAUCGGGCCGUAUGGUGAGAGAGACGACCAGCAGGUGUUCAUCCAGAGAGUCGUACCUGACACCGACAAACUCUAUGUCCGGCUGUCGUCCAAUGGGAAGAGAGUGUGUGAGGUGCGUUCUGUGGAUGGAACCUCCAUCACCUCCUUCAUGGUCCAUGAGUGUGAAGGCUCCAGUCGGAUCGGUUCCCGUCCUCGUCGGUACCUGUUCAGCGGUCACAGUAACGGGAGCAUCCAGAUGUGGGACCUGACCACGGCCAUGGAGAUAGCAGGGAAGGUGGACAUCAGAGCGCUGGGUGGGCCCACUGAAGAGGAACUCCUGGAACUGUUGGACCAGUGUGACCUGGCUCUGACCAGAACCCCGGACAGUACACCCAGAACCUCCACCAGCAGUCUUCACUCUCAGGUGAGUGACAGCCUCAGGUCAGAGCGUCUCUACUCUGCCGGUGGACGAGGAGGCGGAGCUUCAGGAUCCAACAUGUCUCUGUGCGGCAGUCUCCCACGGCAGGCUCCACCCCCAGUCCCCCACACCAAACCCACCCGGGACCCCGCAGCCGGGCUCAGCCCUGGUCCCAGUCACAGUCAUGGUCCCAGUCCUGGUUCUGGUUCUGGUCCUGGUCCUGGUUCCGGUCCCGGUCCUGGCUCCGCCUCCAGCUCCAGUCAGAGCUCCAGUCCCCGCCCACCCCGAGGUUUGGACCGUGAAUGGGCGUGUCCCGUUCGCAGAGGCAGCUUCGUCGAGCGGUGUCAGGAGCUCGCCAAAGGGUCUGAGGUGGGGGCGGGGUCGGAGGGUGUGAGGCGGAGCUUAGCGGUGUGUAGCGAAUUAGAGGCCAGGUUCGGGCUGCGGACGCCGCCUGCCUUCUCUGCGCUGCGCUGCCCCGGGACGCCCCCGUCACUGUCUUCAACACCUUCGUCCUCUUCGUCUUCAUCGCACCGCAGGGCCACACCCACCUCCCCAACCACCCCCAGUCCACCCCACCCUCAGAUGGCGGCCUCACCUCGCCGAGCUGCCGCCGCCGCCGCCACCACCGAUGCCCCAUCAUCCCCUCAGAGUCCAGAGAGCCCCGCCUCUGGACCGCCCACCAGCCCCAAACCACACAUGAACGAGACCAGUUUCUGAUUGGCCGACGCAUGGAGCACGUGCAGAGAGUGACAUGUGACAGACUGGCCUGUUGUCAUGGUUACAGCAUAAUAUGGGAUGUUUGUGGGUCCAGUUCAUAAACUUCAAAGGAAACAUUUCACUUUUAUUUUCUUUUUUCUCCAUGAACUGAAUGUUCAGU